AUGUCUGGGAUCUUCAGAUUCAGUGGUGAUGAAGAUUUUUUCCCUAAGGGAUCGAUGCAUCUAUCACCAGGGAGCUGUCCUGGUGUGUAUUUUCCAGCACGCAAGAGAUUACGUAUUGCUGCACCGUCAGUUUUCAGCGGUUUUGAGCAAAAGCAAACUUCAAUCGAAGUAUUGCCAGAUGAGUGCCUAUUUGAGAUCCUUAGACGCUUGCCUUCUGGUCAGGAAAGGAGUGCAUGUGCUUGUGUCUCCAAGCACUGGCUUAACCUUUUGAGUAGUAUCACUAGGGAUGAAGUGAAUGAGUCAAAUCAAGAUGUGGAGGGUGAAGGGUUUUUGUCAAGAAGUUUGGAAGGCAAGAAAGCUACAGAUUUGAGGCUGGCAGCGAUCUCGGUUGGUGCAUCGACACGCGGUGGGUUGGGAAAGCUUCAAAUCCGUGGGAGUGGUUUUGAUAGCAAAGUGACAGACGCUGGGCUUGGAUCAAUUGCACAUGGUUGUCCAUCUCUUAGGGUUCUGUCUCUCUGGAACUUGCCUGCAGUUGGUGAUAUGGGUCUGUCUGAGAUCGCAAGGUCAUGCCCGAUGAUCGAAAAACUUGAUCUUUCACGUUGCCCAGGAAUAACUGACAACGCUUUGGUUACAAUCGCUGAGAACUGCGUGAAUCUGAGUGAGCUGACAAUCGACUCGUGUUCUGGUGUUGGAAACGAGGGUUUAAGGGCUAUUGCACGACGCUGUGUCAACCUGAGAUCUAUCUCUAUCAGGAGCUGCCCACGCAUUGGAGACGAAGGAGUUGCUUUCCUCUUGGCCCAAGCUGGUUCUUACUUGACAAAAGUGAAACUUCAGAUGCUGAACAUAACCGGUCUAUCUCUUUCCGUUCUUGGCCACUAUGGAGCAGCAAUUACCGAUCUUGUGCUUCAUGGGCUUCAAGGUGUGAACGAGAAAGGCUUCUGGGUCAUGGGAAAUGCAAAAGGGCUGAAGAAACUGAAGUCCCUCUCAGUAAUGUCGUGCCGAGGCAUGACGGAUAUUGGGCUCGAAGCUGUUGGAAACGGUUGCCCUGAUCUGAAGCACGUCUCUCUGAGCAAGUGCUUGCUUGUUUCUGGCAAAGGACUCGUCGCUUUGGCCAAAUCUGCAUUGUCGCUGGAAAGUUUGAAACUUGAGGAAUGCCACAGGAUCAACCAGUUUGGUUUUUUGGGUUUUCUCAUGAACUGUGGCUUAAAGUUGAAGGUUUUCUCUUUGGCAAACUGUCUGGGAGUCCGGGACUUCAACCCAGAAUCACCUCUGCCAUCAACCAGUUGCAGCUCUUUACGUUCUCUGUCAAUCCAUAACUGCCCUGGGUUUGGGGAUGCAAGUCUCGCUUUAUUGGGAAAGUUCUGUCAUCAGCUUCAGGAUGUUGAACUCUGUGGACUGAAUGGAGUGACGGAUGCAGGUGUGCUCGAGUUGCUUCAGAGCAACAAUGUUGGUCUAGUGAAGGUGAAUCUGAGCGGAUGUAUCAAUGUUUCAGACAACACAGUCUCUGCAGUUUCCGUGUGCCACGGACACACAUUGGAGUCACUUAACCUUGACGGCUGCAAGAACAUCACUGAUGCAAGCCUCGUCGCAGUGGCCAAGAACUGCUACUCAGUCAAUGACCUUGACAUCUCAAAUACUUUGGUCUCAGAUCACGGAAUCAAGGCUUUGGCAUCUUCUCCCAACCAUCUGAAUCUUCAGGUUCUUUCUGUUGGCGGCUGCUCAGCGAUUACAGACAAAAGCAAGGCGUGCAUACAAAAACUCGGCCGCACGCUCUUGGGAUUAAACAUCCAACGCUGCGGUAGAAUCAGCAGCAGCACUGUGGACACCCUGCUAGAACAUCUAUGGAGGUGCGAUAUCCUUUACUAG